AUGCCAGAAGAGACACAAGUGGAGAAGGAUAAGGAUAAUGGUUCAUCUAGUAAAGCAACUGAGGGAGCAAACAAAAAUGACACGAUAAAUGUUUUUCCCAUCCCUUCAUUAGAAGAAGUCAGACCCCCUCUACACCUCCCACAAAGACUAAAGAAGCAUAACAAUGACAUUCAAUUCAAGAAAUUUGUCGACAUUCUAGACCAACUCUACAUCAAUGUUCUUUUUCUUGAAGCUAUAGAAAAAAUGCUGACAUAUGCUAAAUUUCUCGAAGAGAUUGUUACCAAGAUAAGAAAAGAUGAGAAGUAUGAGACCGUUGCCAUGACAAAAGCAUACUGCUCUGCCUUAAGAAAUGCAAGACCCACCUCUGUUAUCUUGCAAUUAGUCGAUCGCUCCAAUGUUUGUCCCGAGGGGCGAGUCGAGGAUGCCAUUGUAAAGGUGGACAAAUUUGUAUUUCCAGUAGAAUUUCUUAUUAUUGAUUGUGAGGUUGAUGCCACGACACCCAUAAUCUUAGGGAUACCCUUCCUAGCUACUAGGCGUAUUCUUAUCAACUGUGAAAAAGGUGAGCUCACCAUGAGAGUGGCAGACCAAUGUAUCACCAUUAAUGCUUUCCAUACUAUCAAGUACAUGGAUGAGUCUAAAGAAUGUCAGAGCAUUUUUGAAGUGGAUUCAUUGAUAUUAGGAGAAGUUGAUCAAAUUUGCCAUGAUAAUUUCAUUUCGCUGGAAAAUUAUGGGAGGCUCAUUGAAGAAGAAAGUGCCGAUGAGCUCAAUGACUUUUCUUUGGAGGUGCAGGAGGCUAGAUACCUCACAGCUAGCUCAGACUACAAAUCAAAGUGGGUUGAAGCAAUUGCCAGACCAAAUAAUGACUCUAAAACCGUGCUCAAAUAUGGAGUACGAAACAAAACUUCCACGACACCACAAACCAAUGGGCAAGCUGAAGUGUCCAACUGGGAGAUUAAGAAAAUCCUAGAGAAGGCGGUUAAUCUUAGAAGGAAUGACUGGUUCCCAAAGCUUGACGAAAUGCUCUGGGCUUAUCAGACAACAUUCAAAACACCUUUGGAAUGUCACCUUUAA